CUCUGGAGUGGCAGGGCGCCGCAGCCUGCUCCCAGAGACCGCCCCUGCCGGAUCCCCGGCAGCGGCCACCGGGCUCCCCGAGCACCGCGGAACGCCCACUACCCGCCCCGCAGCCGCCCACGGAAGGCUGCGCACGCCCCCUCUGCCCGGGUGGAGCGCCGCCAACGCACCCACGGAGUGACACGGAGUGCGACCAAUCGCGCCCAAAGGCUGCCCUACGGACCCGCCCCCUCACAGAACACCGCUCUCUGACUGGUUCCUGCGCUCCGGCGAGAUGCAGCAGCGCGUAGGGUGUCUCUGACCGCUGGUGGCCGUCGCUCCUCGCAAAUUGAACGCGAAGAGGCUUCGGCGAUCGCGCUCUCCGCGUUUCGCGGACUCCCGUGCGGAGAGAGGAACCUGGUGGUUCCGGGUCGGGCGACCCGAGGAGUGUCGCGGCGAGAGUGCGGUUACUGCCUGUGCGGGACUGGACAAACCGGUGCGGAGCUGCGGAGCUGAGCUCUGCAUCCCGGCACACACUGGCCCGACUCGCUCCCGCUGUCAGACCCUGUAGGUCCCAAAAAAGUUGGGCAAUCAGAGGGCUUUCAGAAAAGCAAUGAGCCCGUUUCUGGAUCUCCUCCUGUUUUUGCCUACGCUCAUCUACUCCUACUUAGAGGCGUUUGUGAAGCUUUUUGCCCCCGUGAGGAGGAAGUCUGUCAGCGGAGAGCUCGUUCUCAUCACGGGUGCUGGCCAUGGCGUGGGGAGAGCGACUGCCUUCGAGUUCGCCAAGCGCCGGAGCAGACUGGUUCUGUGGGACAUCAAUAAGCAUGGCGUUGAGGAGACGGCAGCAGAAUGCGAAAGGCUGGGAGCCACUGUUCAAGCCUUUGUGGUGGACUGCAGCAAAAGGGAGGAAAUCUACAGUGCUGCAGAGAAGGUGAGAAAGGAAAUUGGGGAUGUCACCAUCCUGGUCAAUAACGCGGGUGUGAUUACAGCUGCUGACCUGCUCUCGACUCAGGACCACCAGAUUGAAAGAAUGUUUGAAGUCAACAUUCUUGCUCACUUUUGGACCACAAGAGCUUUUCUGCCAGCCAUGAUGAACAACAACUACGGUCACAUUGUCACAGUGGCUUCAGCAGCAGGUCAUUUUGUGACUUCUUUCAUGGUGUCUUAUUGUUCAAGCAAGUUUGCUGCAGUUGGAUUUCAUAAAGCUCUGACAGAGGAGCUGUCUACCCUGGGAAAGGAUGGGAUAAAAACUACAUGCCUUUGUCCAGUCUUUAUAAACACUGGAUUUGUCAAAAACCCCACUACGAGGCUUGGAAGGAUUUUGGAGACUGAAGAAGUCGUAGAGGCUCUGAUGGAAGGAAUAUUGACCAACCAGAAAAUGGUUUUUGUUCCACCACAGCUGAACUUUGCUCUACUUUCUGAAAUGUUGUUCCCAGAACGUGCGGUGAAAGUUCUGAAAAAGCUGACAGAUGCCAAGUUUGAUGCAGUCGUUGGGCAAAGAAGAACACAGUGAAAAGCAAAAACUGAUUGUCAUUUCCCAGUGGCAUGAGUG